ACGAAACGUCAUCCUCCAUUUUUGUUUGGGCGUGUUUCGCGUUGUACUGCUUGUGUUUUUUAAAUCUUGAUGGAGUAGUUUGCUGUUUUUAAAUCAACAUAUUGUGUACCCAAGUAUGCUGCUGUUUGUGAAAAGUGCCUUAAUUAUUUUGGUUACUGGUUUAAAUGUUGUUUCAGCACAACACAAUUUCGAUAAUGUAGAGUUCGGACAGGAAGUAGUCUGGUGUGUCACAAGUACACCGGAGUUAUACAAAUGUCGGAAUUUUACGGUUGCAUUAGAACGCGAUUAUGCGUUAUUCGACAAUUACUUUCUUAAUGUGUCCUGUCAUUUCGGAUUUGAUCAGGAUGAGUGCAUGAAACUCAUAGAUGAAGGCAAGGCGCACGCAAUGAUGCUGGAUGCUGGUGAGGUUUAUACAGGAGGACGUCAUUACUCAUUAGUUCCAAUCAUGCAGGAAGGAUACGACGGGGGCUUUACGCAGUAUCAUGCUGUCGCUGUGAUAAAGAAAAAUAGUCUACAUGAUGUUACUCAUCUUCGACAUUUAAAAGGAAAAAAGGCUUGCUUUGCCUGGGUUGGUAGCCAUGCUGGUUGGACUAUUCCGAUUUAUACCUUACAACGUGAGGGAGGCAUGGAAAUAACAGAUUGCAACAAUCACGUUAAGACAGCUACAGAUUUUUUCGGACCGUCAUGUGCUGUGAAUGCUUUAGUUGAUAAGUACAACCCGAUCGGUGACAACUCUGACAAAUUGUGUUCAUUGUGUACAGGGAAAGUACCGGGCGGAAAAUGCACAUCUAAAGAUCCAUAUGCAGGAUUUGAAGGAGCUUUCCGGUGUUUGUUGGAAGCAGGAGAUAUUGCGUUCUUAAAACAUACGACGGUAGACGAAAUGGUCGGAAGUGAUUUAAUCCAUGGAGUAACUGCUGAUCAGUUCGAGCUACUAUGUAAAGAUGGAACAAGGCAACAACUUUCAGAAUACCGUCAGUGUCACUGGGGCUUAGUGCAGUCCCAUGCCAUGGUUGUUUCUUCAGCUAGAACAAGUGCGGAGCGUCGUCGGUAUAAGAAAUUCUUUACACAAGCAGUAAACUUGUACUCUUCGAAGACGAAGCAAGUGAAUGGUACUCUAAGUAAGGAUGGACGUUUCAGGAAUCAAAACGAUCGAUACAGCUCAAACAAUCGGUUCGGAAAUGAGCGAGCAGACGAUCGUUUUUAUAAUAACAACGAAAAUAAUCGAUUUUACACCUCUUCUACGACUGAACGCUAUAAUGAGUACGAUAGAUAUAAUGAUGAUCGUGACCAACAGAACAAUGAGACACAAUUUUACGAAAAGUUUGAUCUUUUCGAAUCAAAACGAUACGGAAAACAGCUUAACCUUAUGUUUCAAGACAACGCUCGUUACUUGGCUCCAAUCGAGGAGAAUAAUCAAAAUUUUCAGAAUUAUUUAGGCAGUGCUUUAGAUCAAAUAUAUGGUAUUCGUUCAUGUCCAGUUGGCCGAAUGACAUUAUGUGUAACAUCUGAUGCCGAAAUGGAGAAAUGUAUUAAAAUGAGAACUGCUUUAAAGGCACAGCUUAUUAAACCAGAAAUGCUCUGUUUGAAGGCACAUUCCCAUGUAGAUUGCAUGCGGCUUGUUAACUCAGGACAGGCAGAUGUUGUAGUCCUAGAUGCCAGUGAUGUUUAUACUGGUGGCUUAAAUUAUGAUUUGCUUCCAUUUAUGUCAGAAAUUUAUGACUUGGGACAACCAGAGUAUUAUGUAGUAGCUGUAGCUAAAGAGGAAGACCCAGAUACGGAGUUAACAUAUUUGAAAGGAAAAUACACUUGUCAUUCCGGUAUCAACACCGCAGCCGGAUGGGUGUAUCCAAUGGCAUAUCUUAUUUCCAAUGGAUGGAUACGUCCAUACGGUUGUGAUAGUAUUCGUGCAGCAGCGGAAUAUUUUACUAAAUCUUGUGUACCGGGAGCUAUUAGUAAUGAGUAUAACACUGGAGUGCCUUAUGACAACCUCUGUGAUUUGUGCCGUGGUGUGAGUUUUCGUUAUUGCCGUCGAGACGCUUCAGAAGAUUACUACGGUAACAGUGGAGCCUUCCGAUGUCUGGUGGAGGGAGGAGGUCAUGUGGCUUUUGUUAAACACACAACUGUUUUGGAAAAUACUGGUGGUAAACGACGGGAAUGGUGGGCUAGAAACACUUUACCGGACGAUUUUGAGUUGUUGUGUCCAGACGGAACCCGCGCUGAAAUUAAUGAAUACAAAAAGUGUAACCUUGGGAAGGUUAAGGCGAAUGCUAUUGUGACACGAGGAGGACGUAGUUAUAACGCAACACAGUUGAAUGCAUUCAUCAAUCUAUUCACAUAUGCACAGCAGUUCUACGGUCGACGAGAUGUAGAUGAGUUUAGCUUUAGUUUGUUCUACUCGAAUCCACCGUACCAUGAUCUAAUAUUCUCAGACGCUACUCGAGAGCUUCGCCUUAUACCAGGAAACAUUCGUUGGUACGACGCGUAUCUUGGAUCCGAUUUUAUGCGGGCUAGGCGUAUCACAGAUUGUCACGCAGGUGCGACCUCAUUUAAUUUAAAUAUGUUCAAUGUGAUUUUAUUUUCACUAGUACUAGUGUUCAAAACAUUGUCUCAGAACAAGAUCUGUUGCUAAGUUAGCCCUAAUAUCCAUCAUGAUGUAUCAGAACAGUACGCGAAUUGCAUAGCGCCAGAGGUCAUUAGGCAUACGGUCAUAAAGGCCUUUUGGUAUAACGAUCGCUUGGCAUAGCACAGCGAGCUCAAGGACAAUGCGGCGGUGAAGCGAUUUCUUCGUCUUCGAACUCUAAAUAAAAGCUCUCAGAAUCCAACAUUAUAUGGGUGGGUAAGUCUUGAAAAAGACGUCACAAUUUUUUUUGGUUUCUACACUAAACCAAUCCUUAGUAUUAUAUUCCUUUUGUGGAAUUUGACCAUUCUGUUUCUACAGACUUCGUAGCCGAUUCUUAGUGUACAGUUUAUGGCUAGUGCUACGUUGUGUGGUAAUAAGAGAAAGUAAAUUUGGAAACACAUCGAACCGAGGUUGCCCGCGAUGGUGCUUCAAUACCAAAAAUAAAAACGAGUUGAUCGGUACACUAGGACUUACUCGUUUUGAGAUUAACUACAGUGAAAGUCGUAAUAAAUUAUGACACUAAAAUUCUCUUGAUAACAAUAAUUUCCACCGAACCGAGUUUUGCAAUUCACUAAUAAAUAGCACAAGUAGACUCGAAAGACAAAAUGUUUAGAAACUAAAUUUCCGGAAUGAAGCAACUGAUUUCAGCCUGGGUUGGCGGCUCAAUGCAUACGGCGCAGGUCUUACAAGCCAGUUGUCAUAUGUUCGAGCCCCGACCGGGAAGGAUUUUUAUACCGUUUUCGUUUAUACAUCAGAGCAGCUCGAGAGUUGACCCAGAAUCGCCCAAACAACUUUUGAUAUGUUUGUUUCAGCAACCUGGGUCGCUCAAGAUCGGACUCCAAGUUUGUUUAUUUUUUCUUUUUUUUGUGAGUUGUUGUACAGUACCACGUGUUCGUUUUACUCGGAGUCAGAGUCACCCGCGUGUAGGUUCAAAAACGAAAACGGUAUUGGUGUCAGUAGGAUCGUAGUACUAGCUAUGCAAUCAUUAUGUACGCUAUGAACCGGCUGCGAAGUCUGUUAAACAGAAAGACCAAAUUCCACAACAGGAAUGUAAUGCCAAGACAUUGCUUUGCUACAACUGGUUUCGCAUGCUAUCAUCUCUUGAAGAAUUUCCUCAUAUUUUUAAAUAAUUCAGGCACGUUAGCUUGAAGAGACCGCCACAUAUGAUAAUGACUUUGUUGUUUGUUCAUAUAACACAUCAUUCAAUAAGUGGUGUGACCAAACAAGAAAAACGCAUUUUUUCGUCAAAAAUCAAUUUUAUUCAUCAAUGUAAUCUCAUUGAAGAGCAAUGCAACCAUUCCAACGCUUCUAUAACUUCUAGAUGCCGUGCUGAGAGUGAACAGCUUUCUUGUCACGGAGCAUUUUUUUCUGAUCAGUGAAUAGACAGUUGGGGCCAGAUCUGGACUAUAUAGUGGAAGAGGUAGCAAUUCGAAGUGUAAUUCAUUAAAUUUUACCAUCGUUGCCAUUAACUUGUGAAUCGGUGCAUUGUCUUGGUGAAACAUUUGUUUUUUCUUCGACAUAUGAGGUCGUUUUUCCUUGAUUUUUGCAUGCAAACGACUUAACUAAUCUAACAACUUACCUUAUCUUGCCUAGCAGCUACAGUCCUAGAGUGUCCUUUACUGUAUCAAGCAUAAGUCGCCAACAAAUUAAUCCAACAACGCUAAAUAGUAUUUGUUUUAAAUGUUUUUCCUUUCUCAAGAUUGUCGAUAAAGAUUAUACUCACCUACCUUAUCUAACAACUAUAGUUCUGGGGUAUCCUUUGCUGUAUCAACGGUGUCACAUGACUGCAGUGCCAAAUAAUUGUAUGUCAGAUGAGUGACUUAAAUGCCAAACGAUCAUCAAGUGCAAAAACAAUAUGAAGUAUUAGUAUAUACACAAGUUAUACCACUAACAAAAGACGCAUUUAGAAGAGUAAAAAGAUUAUAAGUAGUGGCUUCAAAAUGCUUUAUACUUCAAAUCUGGAAUAUCAAAAACUUUUUUAACACAUCGCAUUCUGUUCUGUAACAUUCUUGAUACGAAAUAAUAUUUCUUCAGUAUGAAGAAAUGAGAAUAGAAAUUUACCUCGUACAACAGUAGAUCUUCCUUAUUAACUGGUUUGUACAAAGUAACAUAUUCCGUCCUUAAUUUUAGAAUAAUAUAAUAAUGUUAUAUUUAGAUAUUGCAUGAGCUAUGACAAACGUCUUCUGUUAAAUUGCCUUGAAGUUUUAACGUUUUUCUCUAAAUCCAACAGCGAAAUACUAAAUUCGUCCUUUUAUUACAUUGAUGAAACGAUAGAAACAAUCCUGCAGAUACCAAGCCGUUUUAUCGUAGAUAGAUAUAAGAAAUAUGGUUGAAUUGUAUAGAUAAAUUUUAUACUACAUUUGUAAGAA